AUGGCUUCGACUUCCUCAACCACGCCCGCUCCGGCGACCAAUUCGCCGGUCUCUAUUGUCGUUGUCGGCAUGGCCGGCUCUGGCAAGACCACCUUCAUGCGACGUAUCAACUCAUAUCUUCACGAGAAGAAGGAGCCUCCUUAUGUGAUCAACUUGGACCCUGCAGUUCUCAACGUUCCUUUCGAGAGCAACAUCGACAUUCGCGACUCGGUCAACUACGAGGAGGUCAUGAAGCAGUACAACCUGGGCCCGAACGGUGGAAUCUUGACGUCGCUGAACCUCUUCGCCACCAAGGUCGACCAGAUCGUCAACCUUCUCGACAAGCGUGCAGCGCCAGACCCGGAGAACCCAGACAAGACGCCUAUCAAGAACAUUCUCGUCGACACUCCCGGCCAGAUUGAGGUCUUCGUUUGGUCCGCCAGUGGUACCAUUCUCCUUGAAUCUCUUGCUUCCUCCUUCCCGACUGUUAUCGCCUACGUUAUCGACACCCCGAGAACCACGUCUACAAGCACCUUCAUGAGCAACAUGCUGUACGCCUGCAGUAUCCUGUACAAGACCAAGCUCCCCAUGAUUUUGGUGUUCAACAAGACCGACGUGCAGGACGCGACCUUUGCGAAGGAGUGGAUGACCGACUUUGAGGCGUUCCAGGAGGCCCUCCAGCGGGACGAGAUGAGCGACGUGAUUGGAGGCUACGAGACGGCAGACGGCGGCAGCGGCGGCACUGGGUACAUGGGCAGUCUGCUCAACUCGAUGAGCUUGAUGCUGGAGGAAUUCUACUCCCACCUCAGUUUCGUGCCAGUCAGCUCUCGUCUGGGCACGGGUAUGGACGAGUUCUUUGAGGCGGUGCAGGAGAAGGCGGAGGAGUUCAAGCAGGACUACCUUCCUGAGCUGCAGCGCAGGCGGGAGGAGCGUGAGGAGCAGAAGCGCAAGACUCGCGAGCAGGAACUUGACAAGAUGAUGAAGGGCAUGUCGGUGGAUGCUGGCAAGAAGCCCCAGGUUGUCAAGCCAGAUGAGGAGGAUGAUGGCAUCGAUGUUGUCAGCGAUGUGGACGACGACGAGAUGCCAGAUGACGAGGAUGACAGGGAAGGACUACAGGCCCGCUACGAGGCAGCCAUUGAGGCCGAGGGCGAAUCUAUCAUGGCGGAGGGCAGCUUCGCCAAGUACCUACACACGCGCCAGUCGUAA